AUGGCCAGCUGCUACGCCAAGGGUCAUAUCCACGUGUGCCCGAUGUGCAAAAACAAGUACUCCGGCGCCCUUGAUAAAUGCCCUCACUGCAAUCCCUCCACCACUGACGAGUUCCGCCGUCCUACCAUGACGAUCCAGAAACCCAAGACCCCAAUGUCGGGGUCUUCCCGCCUCACCGUCACUGCCAAGAUGGUGUACGCAGACGGCCCGGAUCGAACGAUAACGGUUGACGAGAUCAAGGAGGCUCAGUCCACCGAGUCUUCUGCUUCUGAGCAGGAGUCUGCUGGGGAGAGCGGUGUAGUUCACGAGCAAGAAGAGGUUCCUGUAACUGAUGAUGAGUCGACUCAUGAGGAUCAUGACGACGCAGAGAGUCCCGAUGAUGAAUCCGACGUGAUGGCUUCUGCUGAGGAGACUCCUGCUGAGAAUUCCCCUUUUGAAGGGGUUCCUAAUGAGGAGGCUCCUAUUGAAGAGGCCUCUGUUGAAGCUCCUGUUGAGGAUGCGCCUGUUGUGGUUGUUCCUGCUGAAGAUUCCCCCGCCCCGAAAACCUUAGAAGAGAAGCUGUCUCAGCUGGCUCCUCUCGAGAUCCCGGAUCGCGAGGCCGAAGUCGAGCAAGAGCUCAGCGGCAAUGAGGCUGAGGUUGAAGUCAUCCGUGAUACUCCCGAGGAUCUUUUUUCCGAGACUGCGAAGAUGAUGCAGGCGUUGAGCCAGCCUCGACAGGAGGUCGAGAAGGUUGCAGAAAAGCCUGAGCGGGCAUCCACUUCACCAGUAAAGAACGGAGUGACCCGGGGAAAGUCUGUCAAGCACCUUGCAGCUCAGCUCAACCAGACUUCUGAGAACUCCUCGUGCAGCCGUGGCCGAUGCUCCGUCCAUGGCAAGCGGACUGCUCAGGCCUCUGACAAGAAGGCAGAGUUUGUCCGUCCUGCGCUGACCAAGACCAAGACUAACCACGCACCUCACCAGAUGCGGGGACCGGGUGACAAGUCUAACGAGGAGCUUGGUGAGUGCUUCUAG